CAACGAUCUUUUCCGGGUCGCAGCAUUAGCACACCCAUGAACGCGAGCUAGCGGACCCGAGAUCUGCGUCAAAAACACGAAAUCAAGAACGUAAACAACAUCUAAAAAGAGACAGCACGGACCAUUCCACUGUAAAAGAGCAGGACUAUAUGACACAGCGAUGCCGGGGCUCAGCUGUCGGUUCUAUCAGCAUCGUUUCCCGGAGGUGGAGGAUGUGGUGAUGGUGAACGUGCGCUCCAUCGCGGAGAUGGGCGCCUACGUCAGUCUGCUGGAGUACAACAACAUCGAGGGCAUGAUCCUCCUUAGUGAGCUGUCCAGGAGACGCAUCCGCUCCAUCAACAAACUCAUCCGCAUCGGACGCAACGAGUGUGUGGUGGUCAUCAGGGUGGACAAGGAGAAGGGUUACAUUGAUUUGUCCAAAAGGAGAGUGUCUCCAGAGGAGGCCAUCAAGUGUGAAGAUAAAUUUACAAAAUCCAAAACUGUGUACAGUAUCCUGCGGCAUGUGGCCGAGGUCCUGGAGUACAGUAAAGACGAGCAGUUGGAGAGCCUGUACCAGCGCACGGCCUGGGUCUUUGAUGAGAAGUACAAGAGGCCUGGAUAUGGAGCCUAUGAUGUCUUCAAACAGGCUGUGUCAGACCCUUCCAUCCUGGAUGGGCUGGAGCUGUCGGAGGAGGAGAGGAGUGUGCUCAUCGACAACAUCAACAGGAGGCUCACCCCACAGGCUGUCAAGAUCCGAGCAGACAUCGAGGUGGCGUGCUAUGGCUAUGAGGGCAUCGAUGCAGUGAAGGAAGCAUUGAGAGCUGGACUCGGCUGCUCCACAGAAAAUAUGCCAAUUAAGAUCAACCUAAUCGCUCCUCCUCGGUACGUGAUGACCACGACCACUCUGGAGCGCACAGAAGGCCUGUCUGUGCUCAACCAGGCCAUGGCCGCCAUCAAGGAAAAGAUUGAGGAGAAGCGAGGGGUCUUCAAUAUCCAGAUGGAGCCGAAGGUGGUGACGGACACUGACGAGACGGAGCUGGCCCGACAGCUGGAGCGACUGGAGCGGGAGAACGCCGAGGUGGAUGGAGACGAUGACGCAGAGGAGAUGGAGGCCAAGACUGAAGACUAACCCCUAUCAACCCCCACCAACAAUAGGAGCAGGACAUGUGUAUCUAUGGACAGAGCCACGCGCUGGGUCUCACAUGUUACCACAAGGCAUUCUUUAACUGUCUAAUGUUCACUGGCCAACAAUCUAGUUUAAGUUUAAGAUAGAAAUGUAGGGGUGGGUGAUAUGGCACCUAUUGGUCAGCCUCCGUCAUGCUCCGAGUGACAGGUGGUAUUAAUGCUAUAACAGUAAGAAGCAAAUAUCUUAAAGGCAAUUUGAAGUUACAAAAUGGCUUCCUUGGUUCUAAGAAAUUUGUGACAUUUUGCUCACCCCUACAAAAGCGUCUGCCCCAACAUGGACAACAAAUAUAUACUAUUUUUAAGUACAUUGAUUUGAAAAUAAAUAAGGCGUUUACAUGCAGUGGCCUUCCCUUUUGCAGCAGAGCCCAUUGUCUUUAUAUUUCAUGGCGUUUCAUCGCUAACUGGAUUUAAAGGGUUAACGCCGCGUUGUGCUGGUUUCUCCAAGUAGUUUUUACUGCGAAGAUUCAAAUACUUGUGUAGCUCUCACGUGGCGCCAAUAAACAUCUGGAAGUUUUGAAAA